AAUAAACACUACCUCUACGUACAUGCUGCGAACACAUUAUGACAAUUACCACCAUGCCUUUAAGGAUGUCACACAAAUGGCCUAAAUCUUGUGGAUUUGAUAUAUUUGGUGAAGGUCCAUCUUAUAUUUUAAGUGUAGCCAAAGGAAGCAUUGCCUACAAUGCUGGCCUCUCCCCAGGAGAUGAAAUCAUCGAAUUAGAUGGAGAAGAUGUCACGAAUGCUUCAGCUACGACUCUCAAGUCCCUGGCUAAGCACAGUCGGUCACAGCCCCCCGUCUUGGGAGUGGUAACGAGACUACAGCAGGUAGAGUUAGUGUGCACCAGAGUUUCAGGAUGUGGAUUUGAUGUUCAAGGAAAUAAACCUGUCCGAGUGAAAAAUGUGGAAUUAUCAGGGCCAGCUCAUCAAGCCGGCAUCAAACCAGGUGAUGUUCUUUUGGAGAUCAAUGGUUUUUCCAUCAGAAAACAAGAGGAUAUUAGACCCUUCCUUACUGGGAGACUAAGACGUCUCUCAAUCAGCAUUAUACCAACAGGUAGAAGGAAAGAAUAUAAACGAGUAGCCAGAAGGAAUGUCCAGGCUCAAAAUUCGGCCGGAGAGUGGGGGAGAGUCAAAAGAGCCAAGGCCCUUCAUGAUAGGAUGAACGAGAUUCUAGGGAAUGACUACGAGAAGAAAAUGGCGGUGGUCAGUGUGUUAAAACAGUACGCGGAGGACCGGGAUGUGGACAUGCUGGCCCGAGCUCUGGCCGCCAUUCUCAAGACCCCCAGACAGACAGGGAUAAUACAGCAAAUCAGGCAAUUUAUUCCUCCCAAGCAAAGAGCAAGAUUUGAUGAAUUCCAUAAAUAUCAAAGAGCAAAUAUGAUCAAUUUUGAUGAAGAGGCCUCCAAAUUUGAUCAUGCUCACACAGACAGAAGAGUAAUCCAAGUCUUUCGAGAGGGAGGUAGCUUUGGCUUUGUGAUCAAGGGAAACAACCCUGUGUGUAUUGAGUCGGUGGACCCUAUGGGACCCGCUGAUAAGGCGGGGCUUCAGGCCGGGGACGUGAUUCUGAAGCUCAAUAACAUCGAUGUCAGGAGGUGUACACAUGCACACUUGGUACAGUUACUUCAGGACAGUGGAUCGUCCCCAGAGAUUGAGGUUCUCAGAACUCAGAGAAAUGAAGGUCUGAGUACACUCAGUAUGUCCACAAUGUCUCUCUCCUCCAUCUCGAGCCACGCCUCAUCUCAGUGGAUGAAAGCAGACGGCAAAGAAAUGAUUGACAGCAGUGGAAAGUCCUUCAAAAACCAUGCUGAGUAUCUGCUGACAUCCAAGGAGAGAUCUCACAUGAGAAAAGCAAUGAUUCAGUAUGAUACAUCCAGAAAUGUAGUGGAUUUCUACCACCAAAUCUCCAUGAUACUGGACACACAGUCCAAGAAGACAUUGUGGAAGUUUAUCCUCAUGAAGCUGACCCCUCCUCACCAAGAGUACUGUCUGAAUAAAAUCAACCUGUCUGAGGAAAUCUUACUGGAGGUAGCAGCACUUCCUAGACAAAUUGAAAGAGCUGAUGGCAAGAAAAAUUCCAGGCCUUCCACACCCAAACCACAACCGUCCUCAUUCCAGCAGCAGUGUGAUUACUUGUUGACUUCAAGGGAGAGAACUCACUUAAAGAGGUCACUUAGAGUGUAUGCUCACAACAGAAAUGUGGAGAGUCUGAUCCAGUCAUUGGAGGGUAUUCUGGACACGCCCUCUAAACACACCCUGUGGAUGUACAUCAUUCCUCUCCUGAUUACAGAGCAUCAGAACUACACCAGGGAGAGGCUCAACAUACAAACCAAUAACAAAAAUUCUUUCAAACCAGGAACCUCAGGAAGUCAUCUAGGAUCAACAAGGAGCAGAGUGUUAGGAAAUAUUGAGGAAGAUUUUAAAUAUGGAGCAGCUGCCAGUGCACUGAGAAGAGGCAAGGGGAGAUCAAAUUGGUCCACAUACUCAUCAGAUGAGGAGGAUUUGAGGGACAGAAGUAUAAGGUCAGGGGUCAGAAAGGCCAGAGGUCGUCUGUGGAAGAAGAUGCAUCCUGGGUACACCUACUCUUCAGAUGACAUAGAUCUCAUUGGGAAACAUGGAUAUGAUUUUGAAAGAAAAAGAGUUAGCAAUGGGAAAGGUUAUGACUUUGCUUUAAUGAAAGAACUGGAGGAAACCAGAAAGGCAGUGCAGGAAGCCAAGAAAGCAUUCCAGAUUAACAGGGGAUCAGAAUCAGAGGAAGAUAUCCAUUCAGCCACUAAGUAUGUGACAGUUAUCCCUAUUCCUCAGUUUGAGCAUUCACCUUUGAGUCGUCAUGAGAGCCCCAUCCUGAAUGGACAUGUCCACUCAACCAGCCUUCCUAAUGGUCUUAACGAACCCCCAGAAAUCAUCUUCACCAGCGAGUCUGACAGUGAAGUGGAAAUUCAGCGAACUUUGCCCAAGUCCUUGUUUUCUGUGAAUUCCAUGGAUUCCUUCAACACCAGGGCACUGACUGCCCUGAAGGAACUGGAUGCAGCCAUGGCAGCAGAGGCUUCAGAUCUAGAAUUACGUCCCCUUGGGAUGAAGAAGAAUGGGAGUGUACUGCCCACAUCCUCCCAGUCCCAGUCCUCCACUAAUGAGGACACUGAUCCAGAUACAGACCAAAUGGCAGUACCUCCACCUCCAGCUCCUCCUCCCCCACCUCCACCCCCGCCCCCUUCUCUAGCAACAGAUGUGGGCAUGUCAUCUCAUCAAGUCAAUGUAAAGAGAAUAAACUGGGAAAAGAUUGGUGCUGAUAAAGUGGAAAAUACCAUCUGGGAACAGCUAGGAAAUGAUGACUUGGAUGAUGUCAUCAAAUAUCUGGAAUUAGAAAAUCACUUCAGUAUCCAAAACAAAAGAGCAAAGGUACCGGAGAAAAGAAAUGAGAUAUACAUUCUAAAUCCCAAAAAGGCUUACAACAUUU